GGUGCGGCUGGCGGCGAUUCGUUUGAAGAGACCCACAGCCGAGGCAACACCGACGAAGAGCAAGAAGAUGAUACCCCCCGAUCCGGAGACGGCGAGGAAGACGAUACGCGUCGCGGCCAUUCUAGGCGCAAGUUCCAUCCACAACGAGCACAUCGUCCUACCGGCUCUGCGAACUUCCAAGACGAGUCUCCAGAUCAUCGACCUGGUGUUGAUACACUCGAGGCCGGUAGACCGGAACGACUUGAAUCAAGUACAUCAAAUGUUGCUUCUGCCUUGACUUCAAUGAGUGGGGGAGCAGAACGUCGGCGAGCCGACGAGCGUUUUGGGGAUCUGGGUUGCGUCAGCAGCAUCAAACAUUCAGAUGAAGAAGACAAUGAUUUAGGAGAAAUGGAAGUGGACUUUGGGGAUCAACUAAUUGGCAAGGCUGACCGGCAUGGUUCAGACGUAGAAAAUCUCUAUCCAUCUGAGGAAACCAGUAGCGCACAGCCCCAGAAGCCGUUCUAUUUUCCUGCUUCUCAGGCAAGAUGCCAGUUUUAUUUUGCUCUUCUUUUUUGCCCAUGGGGCUGCCGAUCUGUCGAAGAGUUUGAAUGCCUCAAUCGAAUCGAGGAAGGUACUUACGGCGUAGUAUAUCGGGCCCGAGACAAAAAGACAGGCGAGAUUGUGGCUCUGAAACGAUUGAAGAUGGAGAAAGAACACGACGGUUUUCCUAUCACAUCAUUACGCGAGAUCAGCACUCUAAUGCGAGCUCAGCACGAGAACAUCGUCACUGUGCGCGAAAUUGUUGUUGGUAGCAAUAUGGAUAAGAUUUAUCUUGUAAUGGAAUAUGUAGAGCACGACCUCAAAGCACUAAUGGAGGUGAUGAAUGGGCCAUUCACAGUUGGGGAGGUUAAAUGUCUUCUAACUCAACUGUUACGGGCAGUCGCCCAUCUACAUGACAAUUGGAUCCUCCAUCGAGACCUAAAAACCUCUAAUUUGUUAUUGAGUCAUAAAGGCAUAUUAAAGGACUAUUUUGACGAUUUCAAAUUACAAAUGCUUUGA